AUGUCCAUGGCAACCAAGUACCUGUGCUCCAUUGAUUUUAGGAUGUUUGUAGAGAAAAUCGAGUGGUUCAAGUUUCUAGUGCUAAUGCAGGAACCAAAAUGGAGUAUGCGCAUAUGCUCAGGAGUCGUGACCAAUAGAUGCAUCCUCAAGGUUGUCAAUGUUGUAUUUGACAACCUAGAUGAAGCGCAUCAAGAUCUAUUUUUGGAUUCUUGCUUCCUUCCACUAGUUCACGUGCCAGCCUACCCUACCCUUCACCUCCACCUCCACCACCGUAUGCAAAGCAACAUUCCAUCCACAAUAACACUUGUACAGACACUCCAGGGGAAACGGAUACAUGGCUCGGCACCCGGUUUCUUGGCACAAAAGUUCAAGGCGUUUAACCAUCUUGAAGGACGUGUGUACGGGAUUACAAAUUGGGACCUUGAGGAGGACAAAAAUGCUUUCAAAUUAACCGAAUCAAGUCAUAAGUUUUUGUUCGAUCAAGAGACAAACAUGUACGAGAUUGUUGAGGACAACUACCCGAGGUUUUUGUUUAACUUCAAAAAUUUCAACGAGCUAUUCGACCCACAAAAAAUUGAUUCCAACAAGCUAUUUGGGGCAGCGGAUACAUGGCUCGGCACCCGGUUUCUUGGCACAAAAGUUCAAGGGGCAGUAGAUACAUGGCUCGGUACCCGGUUUUUCUUGGCACAAAAGUUCAAGGAGUUCAACAUUCUCGAAGGACGUGUGUACGGGAUUAUAAAUUGGGACCUUGAGGAGGACAAAAAUGCUUUCAAAUUAACCGAAUCAAGUCAUAAGUUUCUAUUCGGUCAAGAGACAAACAUGUACAAGAUUAUUGAGGACAACUACCUGAGGUUUAUGUUUAACUUUAAAAAUUUCAACGAGCUAUCCGACCCACAAACAGUUGAUUCCAACAAGCUAUUUGAGGGCCCACCCAGCCCUCUACAAUUCCACACCACAGCUAGUAUUGAUCACUGUGGUGCCACUCAAGGCUGGCAGCCCCCAUCUGGUCAGGAUUCAAUUUCAAUUUCUUGCUGUUAG